AUUGUCUCAUCACCAUUAAUUUAGGCUCUCUGCCCCUUAAAGUUCUCAUCUGUUCUCUGGAUGAAGUGUUGUCAGUUUACGCUCAUAUAGCUAAUUCUUUAUGAGAGCGCUGUCCUCGGCUUUCCUUUGCUUUUUGACUGGCAAAAUUUUACUUUGAGGUCUAGUUCACAGCCUUCUGUCCCUCAGCAGAUUUAGUCCCUGUCUUUUGUGUCUAUCGUAUUUUGAACUUGCCUCCAUUACUGCACUCAUCACAUGGUGCUGAAGUUGGCUGCGGCCUUGACUGUCAUUCCCCAGGGAUUAAAGACCAAGAAUGGAGGAGGCCAAGGAUCCCUACAUUCAGAAUAAUGGAAAGAAGUUGAAUUAACCCAUAAACAUCAUCAGCUUUCCCCAGCAUUAUAGAUUCACUUGCCAUUUUGUUUGGCAUCACACUUCCUCUUGGUUAUUUUGGCAUCAAGUAUAAAAGUGUUGGAAUUUUUGACGCAUUUGUGGAAAGACUCAGAAGUUUAAUUUUCUCUGAUUAUGAAAAAAAAAGAUCACUGAAUAUUUAUGAGGUAGGGUGGAUUACUAAAAUUUAGAAUACUUUUCAUUAAGUCUUAUUUUGAUGGUUGUGUGCUUCCCAUCACCCUCUUAACCUGGACUUGCCAACUAAAAAAUGAAUGACCAAAUGAAUGAAUGAAUGAAUAAGGGGGAUGGUUAUUGGCUUUAUAAAAGGAUUCUUCUCAACAUAUUUCCUUCUAAACAGUGUUCCCCUAAGACACUCAAGUGAUGGUUUGUGGAUCGUUACCACUUGGGAGAAUGGAAACGCAGGAUCCACUAGCAAGUAAUGAUGUAUUAGCAAUGAAGAGGAAGCACUCUGAAAUGGUCUUUAAAUCAAUGGCUCUUCAGAAAGUCACAUGCUGAUUUCCCGGUUCAUGCGGAGGAAUCCCUUUGGUGUGGACAUCUGCUGCCGAAAGCGGUCCCGAAGCCCCUUGCAGGAACUCUACAACCCGAUCCAGCUGGAGCUCUCCAACACCGCCAUUUUGCACCAGAUGAGGCGGGACCAGGUCACAGACAUUUGCCGAGCUAACAGCGCCAUGAGCCGCAAGCGACGGGUCCUGACCCCCAACGACCUGAAGCAUUUGGUGGUGGAUGAGGACCACGAGCUCAUCUACUGCUACGUGCCCAAGGUGGCAUGCACCAACUGGAAGAGGCUCAUGAUGGUCCUCACGGGGCGGGGGAAGUACAGUGACCCCAUGGAGAUCCCAGCCAACGAGGCCCACGUCUCCGCCAACCUGAAGACCCUGAACCAGUACAGCAUCCCAGAGAUCAACCACCGCUUGAAAAGCUACAUGAAGUUCCUGUUUGUCCGUGAGCCCUUCGAGAGGCUGGUGUCGGCCUACCGCAACAAGUUCACCCAGAAGUACAACACCUCCUUCCAUAAGCGAUACGGCACCAAGAUCAUUAAGCGCCAGCGGAAGAACGCCACCCAGGAGGCUCUUCGCAAAGGGGACGACGUCAAGUUUGAGGAGUUUGUGGCCUAUCUCAUCGACCCACACACCCAAAGGGAGGAGCCAUUCAACGAACACUGGCAAACCGUCUACUCUCUCUGCCACCCUUGCCACAUCCAUUACGACCUCGUGGGCAAGUAUGAGACGCUGGAAGAGGAUUCUAAUUAUGUCCUGCAGCUGGCAGGAGUGGGCGGCUACCUGAAGUUCCCCACCUAUGCAAAAUCUACGAGAACUACUGAUGAAAUGACCACAGAAUUCUUCCAGAACAUCAGCUCAGAGCACCAAACGCAGCUGUACGAAGUCUACAAACUCGAUUUUUUAAUGUUCAAUUACUCAGUGCCAAGUUACCUGAAAUUGGAAUAAAGGGGAUGGGGAGAGGGAGAGAAUCAUGCCUUUUAAUUUAAGAUUUUUAUUUGUCAAAAGAAAUAUAUGGAUAUUGGGUUAUUUUGUAAAUUAAUAUUUCUUUGGGGAUGAUGCUGCGAGCAGCAUGGUGAGAAUUAUUUAAAAUCCUUAGUAGGGAAGGACAGCUGUCUUUACAGGGGAAUUGAACGGGUGUCCUUAUUUUUAGAAGUAAAUACUACAACACUGUCUCAAAGGUUUCCUUGUGUUCUGGUGAAUUCCAUGAAUUGUGCAUUCCAUAAAUUCUAAUUAAUAUUAUUUAUAGUUAUUUAAACAUGGUCUCUGUAUAGAUUUUUUUAUUUCGUGGCAGCAAAAUCUUAAUGUCUUUGCAGAAGAGAUCUAUGUUUUGUACUUUGCUUGCUACAGCUCAUUUGGGGGCACGAACGUUCCCCUUACUAACCUCUUACGGAGCGUUGUGUGAUAAUGACCAUUGUGAUAUGUAUUGAUGCCACCGUUUUGGAUUUUCCGAUAGAAAUAAAUAGGUUGCUCUUGUGCUUAGAAAGAGACAGCUUUGCAAGGGAUUAAUUCAAAACCAAUUUCAAUCGACCCAAAAGUCCCUUGCACUAAAGAAAUGUGAUUUUUUUUUUUAAACCCAAAGAGAGCUGAUGAUACCAUUUCUUCUUUCACCAGAAUUAGCGGUCUGAUAGAAUAUGCUUUUCCACAGAAAUUUUUAACUGGCAGUGCCAGUUGUGAUGAAGGUGAAGUGGCUGUUGCUUUGUAUUCAGCAAAUAUUUAUUGAGCACCUACUCUGUGCUAGGCCCAAUUCUGGGCACUGGGGAUACAGCAUUGGACAAAACCCAUAGUCUCUGCCCUCAGAAGCUUUACAUGGACACAGAGCAUCCAACUCAACAAUUAAUAAACACUUGACAUGGAUUUAACAUGAGGUUUGGAUUAUCCAUGAAUAACCCUAGAAGGUCCAUGAACCCUAAAAAUUUGCUUUUUUUUUUUUUGGCACAAAUUUGAAAACCACAUGCUUGGAGCAGGCCACUUAAUUUGGUGAGUGAUCCAAGCUCAUUGCCCAAGACAAGAGAUGGCAAAAAAUUUUCCUAUCAUGUGCCUGCUUCAAUUCAUUGGGAGUGUCUGCCUUCAAGUCCCAGAAAGGAUUUGCCAGGCACAGGCAUGGAAGAGCGCUGGGAUUGAUUAGCGAUGUCUGCCUUGGGAGAAGGAAGGGGAACAGGAACAUUUGCAAGUGCUUCCCGCUGUCAUCUCCAGCCCAGUAUCCACAUCCCCAUAUCCACAUCCCCAUGUAGAAGUGUUGUUUUAUAUCCUUGCCACAUAAAAGAGAGAAAUGGUGAGGCAGUACUCAUAAAUGUGGGAAUUUGCAAUGAUCUGGCAUAUAUCCCUUAUGAAGGUCAAAGAUGGGCUAUUUGUGCACAUGUGCACAUACACACCCUCCCACGUUCUCCAAAGAAUAAGAGACCAACCACACUGCAUCAGCAGCAAGGACAACUUUCUAUGCACCUAUUCCUCCUGAAGGCUGGAUGCUUUCAAUUUCCUGUUCCUUGCUAAUUACCAUCUACACACACUUCUCAUUUCCAGCCACUUCCCAUGACUCUCGGUUGAAGUUUGAGCCACAUCCCUCUUAUGGCUAGUGAAUGCGUUGGUAGCAGAUACUGUAUAUAAUAACAAUAAUAAUAAUGAUGAUGAUAAUAAUAGUUCUAAAAAGAAGGGUUGGGGUGGGAUGGGAUGUGGGUAAGUUUUGCUUAUUUUUUUUGUUUUUGAUGCAGUAUAUAGCAAAGGGGCAAGAAGAAUAUUCUAAACAACAAAAAAUGAAUAAUUUAUUCACAGAAACUAUUAAAAUUGUAUUGUACAGCUCACAGCAAGCUCAGUGAGCAGCAGCUGCAACGUCUCACCAAGGAAAUUAUUUAAUGUGAGUGAGGUGUGCAUCAGAGAGAGUGUUGAAACUAUUUAUAAAACGUUGCUUACCUUCUUCCAGGCUCUCUCCCCUUGGUGAAGGGCACAGCGGCCAUAACCUGAUGGCUAGAGAUUUAUGUAACAUGUUUUACCAAGUGGAGGGACAGACUUGUAGGAUGCCCCUGGAAUUGGGAGUCUGAACCCUAUUUCCAGGCAAGAGAUGCUGUCUUCAGAUAUAGAGCUUCUGUCGACCCCAUAAGCUGUACAGCAUUUCCUAGUGUGUGUUCGACAGAACAAAGAUCCUAGGGAACAUCAAAAUCAGUGUGAUGCAAAAUAAGGAUUUUGUGGUCAAAUACUCUUGGGAAUACAAGUUAUGUCUGUUUCCUUUCUGUAGGACUUUUCAGAGCCUUGGAUGUGUGCUAUACAUAGUGAAUCCCCAAGAGCAUCACUGAGUCAGUAGCGUUUCCUGAACUUACAUGGCCAGGAUACUCUUAUUUUGCAGAUCAUCUCACAGAGCUAGUGUUCCUCAGAAUAUACUUUGCUUAGGUUGAUUUAGCACAUCUGAGGUGUUCACGGAUAAAAACUGCCCUUCCAAAAAAACAAAACAAAACAAAACAGCACCAGAGUCUCCAUCUGGUUAUAGCAACAGAGGUACUUUAUCAAAUGAAUUCUACUUUGACUUAAGUGCAAUGGUUCUAAUCCCGGAUACUGCCAUGGGCCACGAGUCCAUCCCUUUCAGAUGGAGUGGAUGAAAUUCUUGGGUGGUAUGGACAGAAGGAGGGAGGGGGAUGGGCAUAAGGCCACAGAGUGGCCCCCCCUACUCCUCAAGCCUUAAAGGAUGCUCACCAGAAACAGAGUGGUCUCAAUUCUUGACGAUCGUGUCUUCAUUUCCACUGUUUGAAAAUUGUUCACUGUGUGCUUUUUUUGGUUUUUCAGUGGACAUUCCUGUAGACUUCCUGAGUUUCGCAUUUCUGCAUGCAUCUUUGAUCAGUUGUACAAGCUUGCUCUCAGUGUAGUGUGCAAACCGCCUUCUUUCAUCUGUCUUCUCUCGCUAAGAAAGAUUGUCCUUCAAGGGAUGCUCCGUCAAUAUGUUUCUGAAAUGAGAGACUUUUUCUCCUAGGGUUUUGUUUUGUGUUCACAUUUUAUUUUCUA